GCCCACUCGCUUUGUUUUUUACUGUCAGACGCGGUGGCGUGUGUUAAAACGCUAGCGUUACACCAUGGCUUUUGUGUAGCUAGGAAAGACGUAUGAUUGAAUAGUGCCGAUUUAAAAAACACUGAUCUCAGCUAAAAUCGAGAUCUGAUUUAAUUUGAAUUAAUCAAAGAUUACAGAUAUUUUUCGCCGCUGGCUGGGCUGACCAUACACGAAAAUGGAUCAGGCGGCGAACCGCUAUCAAGUGUUGCACAAUGAGGACGACCCCUCUGAAGGGUCUGCCAGCGGCGAGCCGUCCACUUCCUCCCAGGCCGCUGCUGCUGUGGGCGGUAUUAGCAACCCUGCGGCAAUAGAUAUAGAAGCCCCACCUCCUCCUUAUGCCAGUGUGGCCCUGGGAGCAACAGCUGCAGCAGAGAGCACGUUUCUGGGGGACUUUCCCGUGCCGCCACCAUACAGCAUUGCCACAUCUCUGCCUACUUACGAUGAGGCAGAGAAGGCCAAAGCAGCAGCCAUGGCUGCUUCAGCGGUGGAGGUUAUUCCACGAGAUGAGGAUUUUCCUGUUCCUGAUGACUUCAGUGAUGCCGAUCAGCUGAGGGUCGGAAAUGAUGGAAUCUUUAUGCUGGCCUUCUUCAUGGCCUUUCUCUUCAACUGGAUCGGUUUCUGCUUGUCUUUCUGUUUGACCAAUACCAUCGCUGGCCGGUAUGGUGCCAUCUGUGGCUUCGGCCUCUCGCUUAUCAAAUGGAUCCUCAUUGUGCGGUUUUCAGACUAUUUUACUGGAUAUUUCAACGGGCAGUACUGGCUCUGGUGGAUAUUCCUUGUUCUUGGUCUCCUGCUGUUCUUCAGAGGGUUCGUGAAUUACUUGAAAGUUCGUAACAUGUCAGAGAGCAUGGUGUCUUCACUUCGAACCCGCUUCUUCCUCCUGUACUAGAGGUCGCCUCACCAAACAUUCCUCCUUAAUGUGAAAUUCCUUGAUGAUUUGCAACCCGUCAAAUGAACUGGACUGGAUCCCACAGAGGAGAAAAAGAGGAAGAGAAUAAAGACAGUAACAACUCAAAUGCCAAAUAUUCUGAACUGAACUUGGUAAAAGUGGAUGUGGCUUUACUGCACUUUGAAUGAGUGCGGAUCAGAUAUGUUAAAGAAAUAGUUUACGCAAAAAUGAAAACUCUUUACGAAUUACUUUCUUCCUUGGAACACAACAAGAAUGUGAAUGCAGAUUUUUCUGUAUAAUGAAAAUGAAUGGUGACUGAGGCCAACAUUCUGCCUAACAUCAUCAUCUGUGUGCCUCGGAAGAAAGUCAUUUGGGGUUGGAACAACAUGAAGGUGAGUAAAUGAUGACACAAUUUUCAUUUUUGGCUGAACUAUCCCUUUAAUAGUGUAAAUUCUGGUUUAUAUUUGAACACUGACAAAAAUGGAGCACAAAAAAGUUCCUUAUCAGUUAAUAUGUCCACAUACUGCAUGUGCAGUAGAUUUAUGUCUUUGAGUUGGACGAACUGCAAAAGAUCAACAGAAAUAUGCAGCCAAGACGUCCUAUGCAAUGCCGUUUACCAAAUUCGGUUAGUCUUGACAAAACUAGACUAGAAUUCUUCUCUUAGCUUUGAUGCAUCCAGGGCCUUGGCAAAUUUUAUUGCAUUGCAGUAUUAAUAAACCAAUCUAGAUAGAGUCUGUUGAUCUCAUAACUUUAGCUAAGCUAAUGGCAAUGUAAAAUAUAAUUGCACAGUUUUUUUCUUUUCUUAAGUUGUGUCUCGCUUAACUUUAUAGUAAAUGAUUAAACAGGAAAUGGAAUUUGUACUUAUCCUAAAAUAUAUAUUUGCCUUUUGCACCUUCUCAGUUUUUGUUCCUUUUUUAUGGUUAUCGUUAUUAGUUGUUUUAAGUUGCGACUUUGCUCAAGCUGUGACCUGCUUAGAUGACAUAUUUAGUUACUUUAAUGCCUGAUUGCUACUGUCAUUUUGUUUCUAUUCCUCACAAGCCUAGCGAUAUUGUAUAUUAAACAAGAAAAUUGCAUGGUUAACCCGGUUACAGCAGUUGAAAUGACAUCUAAUCUAGUAUACAAAACCUGAUUUUAAAAAAUGCACCCGUAUAUUUUUAAAUGUAUGUAAAACACCCAAACUAUUUUUGUUGAAAAAAAAAUAUUUGGGAUAUUCUCUGAUUGGCAGAGAUUAUUGUGUGCUAUGCUUAUUCUCUUGUCUUGCAAAUUGCCAAUAAAAUUCUAAAUCCCGGGAA